GUGGUGAAGGAGGAGGAGGAGGUGGGGGGAGGAGGAGGACGAGGAGGAGGAGAUGGAGGAGUGGGAGAGGAGGAUGCGGAAGGCGCUCAGCCUGCUGCCGCUGCUUGCGCAGCACACGGUAGCAUGGAACGAUGCCAUCACGGUGAAACCAUCUUCUAACCGCAAGGCAACGCGCUUACUGAGGGUUCAGACCCUGUACCACGCCCAGAAGUCGAUCGUGGACGCUUCCCUCCUGGACGCCCUAGAAGGCGUCUCCCGCCUCGUGGCCUCCGACGCCUCCAACCUCACCCAGCUCAACUCGCGCAAGAUGGAAGCCAUAGCCGCCGAGGCCCGGAAGAAGCUCGACAAAACCUCCGCAGACUCCAAGAAACCCCGGCCCGUCAUGAUCUCUGGAAUCUUCAAGCCCAAGCGCCGCCGCCGCAGGAAUAGUACACGGCGCGCCGCUCCCCAUGGUGUUUGAACCAGCCACUGAGGUCGGCAAGGUGACAGCCAAGGGGAAAGUGGCAGAGCUGUCGCCGCGGGCUGCCGUGCCGCUGUCCCCCACUGGGUCCUCUGCUGCUGCUCCUGCUGCGAGCUUUCUAGUGAAAUCAGAGUCAGUGUCGGCUCCAAGGGCGGUCUCUCCCUCUGCGGCUGCCUCGGCCCGAACCAGGUUUCCCACAUCAGCUUCUGUCGCUUCUUCUGCUGCUUCUGCUGCUGCUGGAGCUGCUUCUGGCCAUCCUAAGUUUCCCACGUCGGCUUCUGUCGCUGCUGGGUCGUCUGCUACUGCUGCUUCUGGUUCGUCAGGAUGGAUUCUGAAGGCCCCACGCCCCUCCCGGCAUCGAAAGCAAGCCCCCUUGUACCAGCCGCAGCGGCUGCAGCCGCCUCAGGCCAAACCACGGCUCCUCUCUCUCCCUCCCCUCUUUCUCCGUCUCUCCUCUCUCCCUCUCUGCUCUCUCCGUCUCUGCUCUCUCCCUCCUCUGUACCACCCUCUGACUUACCCUCACUUGAAGCCGCCUCCUCCCUAUCUCUGCCCCCCUUGCACCCCUCUGCCAUACUCCCCUCUGCCCUGCCCCCCUCUGCCAUGCCUCCCACCUCAUCACCUGACGCCCUCACCUCCCCCAGAGGCCCCUUGAAACCGCGCCCCCCCCUCCCAGCCCCUGUUCGCCCGCCCUUCCGUGGCUCAGCUGCCAACAGCAUGGACCUAACCGCAGGGGGAGAUGCCCCACGCUCCCCAAGGGGGU